UGGAAGGAUGGUAUUGUCGUAGAUCGUUGUAUUCAGGGUCUGUAUAUGUUUAAUAAAUCUGGAGUUUUAAAAGUGAAGUCGACGAAUCGUUACGGAAUCUUUGUCAUAGCAACGGAGCAAAAUGUGUUAACUGGACCUUAUGAAAACGCUAGAAGAGAAAUUGUCUUUAAAUUUCAACACUUUUGACGUAAUUGUAUAAGGUAAAAAGUGUGUAAAAACAGUGAUUCUAACACAAUGUAUUGCUUGACAGAGCUGCUUGGUUUAUUCUUGGUACUGCGAUAUAGUCUUUCCCUACGGUUAGAAUGUAAUUCUACCCGUGAAGACUUUUGUAUGCAUAACAAAAACUAUUGCCUGAAUGCGGGGACCUGUUCAUACGACAAGACAAUAUGCCAGUACCGAUGUCUGUGUACCCCAUUAUUCAUAGGCCGAAGGUGUGGACAGACCAUCUUCUCACAAUCUGCAACCAGAAAUAUCUCUAAAACACACCAAGGAACAUCUACAUCCCCAAGAAACAUUUUGAAAGCACCAGCAGGAAAAAUGAAUUCGUCCUCUGAUACCUCUAAAAAAGCAUUGCUGACCAAAAAUGUCUGGAAAUCAAGUGGUCCUUCAAUCUCAGUGCACGUUUGCUCACCAAAGUACAAGGUGCGACCUUUAAAAGAAAGGCAAUGCCUAUUUGGAUUGAAUUGCAUAUACGGUUAUUGCAACAUGCAGAACACAGCAGUCAGUUGUACCUGUGACGCGGGUGGAAGAGGGCUGAGAUGUGAGAAGAAGUGUUGCCUAAAGUGUUCAGGUCAUGGUCGAUGUGAUAAGUAUAUCAAUGGCACAGAGCGAUGUAAUUGUGAUACCAAUUAUGAUGGAAGAUUAUGCGAACAAAUGAUGAUCAUCUCAACUCCUUUGCCAGAUAAAGAUAUAAGGCCGCUUUGGGUCAGUGUGGUGGUCAUUCUCAUCUCUCUUGUCAUUGGAACAGCUACGAUGUUUUACUGUAUGUGGCGAAACAGGGUGACCAUCAUCAUGAAUAUAGUCCAUUAUUUUCAGGCAUACGAGGAUGAUGACGAGAAAACGUAUGAUUCAUUCAUCUCCUAUAAAUCUGCGGACGUCGACGAAGACUUUGUUCUCCACGUACUCUUACCUAAAUUGGAGGAACUCGGCUUUUCUGUUUGUUUACACUUCCGAGACUUUCUACCGGGAGAACCAAUUGCCAACAACAUCAUCAACGCCAUUAACAAUAGCAGAAGAACCAUUCUUAUCCUAACACCACGCUACGUAAGUAGCGAGUUCACGAGACUGGAAUAUCAGGUGGCACAGCAUGAGAUGUUAAAACGGAAACACAAGAUCAUUCCUGUGUUGCUUGAGGAUAUUUCCAAAGAACAGGAAACAAUGGACCCAAACUUAAAACAGAUCCUUCGGUGUGUCACCUAUCUAGAAUACCCAGGUGCUGAAAGUGGUGAAAAGAGCAGGAAACGAUUUUGGAAGAAACUGUCGUUGGCUAUGCCAAAGAAAAAACAAAACGAAUUGAAACGGAAACAAGUUGGUGAUGGUUUUAUUGAACAAAACCUGGAAGCACAGGUGAUCGACGCCAUUGCUGAAAAUGCAGGACCUGAGAAGGUGGAAAUGGCGCAUAUCUAGUUACCCUUUUCUGUGUAGUCCAGUCAUGUUUUUAUAUAGCAGAGACCACAAAAAAAUUGCAGUAGAACGGUGUUAAUAUUUUGUUUCGAGCUACAGUCAGGUUCUUUUUGUAGGAAGGUGUUAAUAUUCUAUUUCGAGCUACA